AUGGAUUCAGGAGAUGAGCAUAUCACAUACUCCUCAGAAGGACUUUCCGAGACUUUGAUGGAGCUGUCCAUUAGUCAUAAUACCGAAGCCAAACUAGCUAUCAGAGAAUAUUACCGCAAGCAGGAUCAUGGACAGAAAGAUUCUUGGCUCCAAAAGCCGGAGAUACCAACACCUGAAGAGAUUCUCCCGUCAUCUUCAGACGAAGAUUGUGUGGAGCUCAUGCCUAACAGGAUAGAUGGUCCCUGGACCUCGAAAGACUCCUACCUCAGGGCACACUAUGAACUCCUUCGAGAGGAUGCUGUUGCUCCACUGCGAGAUGCUGUGGCUUACUUCCGUAAUGACCCGCAGAUGGUGGACUCCCAAGCUGUAUCGAUAUACGAGAAGGUUUACAUGACUGGCAUCACCUUCGCCCAAACGGGCAUUGCUUUCCGAAUCCGAUUCUCCACUAACCGAUCCGGAAAGAAGAUAGUUUGGGAAUAUUCUAAGCGGUUGAUCGCUGGAUCAGUUGUCGCACUAUCUCCUGCAAGCGACGCUUUCCGAAGCAAGUGUGUCAUUGCUGUUGUUGCUGCGAGACCCCUGGAAGGAGUCAAGCAAGAACCUCCGGAGGUUGAUAUCUUCUUUGCCCAACCUGGGAACGCCAAUUUCGAUCCUCAUCAGGAGUGGAUUAUGGUAGAAGCGAGAACAGGCUACUACGAGGCUAUAAGACAUACCAUGACUGCUCUCCAGAGACUAAACCGCGAAAGGUUUCCUCUAGCAGAUCACAUAUGCGGCCUGGAUCCCGAUGUUAAUGCCCCGGAUUAUGUCAAAGAAUUCCCUACUAUGGACAUCGAGUCAGUUACUACCGACGAAGAAAAAAAGAUCAACCUCUUGGAAGGCUGGCCAGAAUCACCAACAGGCGAUCUCGACCAGUCACAGUGGGCAGCUCUGAAGCAUAUCCUUACCAAAAAAUUAGCGAUUAUCCAAGGCCCCCCAGGCACAGGGAAGACACACGUUUCUGUGGUUGCGUUGAAAGUUCUGUUGUCUAAUAUGCAUCCUCAUGAUCCUCCUAUCAUAGUUUCAUCUCAAACAAAUCACGCCUUGGAUCAACUUCUGCGACACAUUUCGGUUUUCGAGAAGGACUAUAUUCGCUUAGGAGGAAGAAGCAACGACCCCGAAAUCAAGAAGCGCACUCUGUUUGCUAUCAGGCAAAAUGAGCCGGCGAUCACAGUCCAGGGCGGUAUGUAUGGCCCGGCAAUGAGGAAACACAAGACUCUGGUGGCUGCAAUCGUGGAAUUGCUGGAGGCUUUCAGUCAAGCAGACGAUGGAACACCUCUGUCUUCAAAGCUCUUUGCGAAGCACGGGCUGCUGAGCGCAGAGCAAUGCGAUUCCCUCGCAAAGGGAGCUAAGGGUUGGGUCCGUCCUGGUGCUGAAGAAGAUACCGAUCCUCUAAUUGCAUGGCUCGGAGACCAAGUGGUAAAAUUCCAGGUAACAUACACGACUGAGAACUUUGGCUUUGACGAAGACGAGGUAGACCUUGAAUAUGAACAGCUCAAAGAACUCGAGGCGGAGCAAGGGAUUGAAGAGGACGAGCACGAAAAUCUGAGAGGACAAUUCAUCUUUCUGCGCGAAGCGAUGUGUGGAUUGGUUCCUUCCAGUGUUCCCGAGGCAGCCAAUUUGGACCACCUGGGGCACUCUGAUAUGUGGAAGGUCCCGCUCAAAGCACGUGGAGUGGUUUAUGAUGCACUACGGAGACAGCUCAAGAUGAUGCUCUUGGAACAAUUUCGAAAGCUCGUCGCUGCCUACACCAAGAAUUGCGAAGAUCUUCGGAUUGGUAAGUGGGAGAGAGACCACCUCAUUCUCCGGAAGGCCAGGAUCAUUGGUAUGACUGCGACGGGCCUCAGCAAAUAUAGGGCCUUGAUUUCGAGUGUGAAACCAAAGACAAUUCUGAUCGAAGAAGCAGCUGAGGUCAUUGAGGCCCCGAUAGCCGUUGCCUGUCUUGACUCGCUCCAACACAUGAUACUUGUGGGCGACCACCAACAGCUCAAGGGUCAGUGCGCAGUGCAAGACCUUGAAGGUGAACCUUUUCAUUUGGAUGUGUCUAUGUUCGAACGGCUUGUGAAGAACAAAAUUGGGUACGUUACUCUGAGGCGCCAAAGGCGCAUGGUGCCGGAAAUUCGCCGCCUGUUGGAACCUAUAUACGGGGAACUGCAAGACCAUCAGAGUGUCUUCCGGCGUCCAAAAGUACCGGGAAUGGCCGACGUCCGAUCUUUCUUCUUCUCGCAUAGCUGGCCAGAGAGCAGUGACAGCCUGUCGUCCAAAUACAAUGUGAUGGAGGCAGAAAUGAUUGUGGGAUUCUUUGUUUACCUUGUGCUCAACGGCGUUUCGAUCGACAGCAUAACCGUUUUGACGUUCUACAAUGGCCAGAGGAAGAAAAUAUUGAAGCUUAUGAGGAAUCAUUCGUACCUCCAGGGUCAGUAUGUCAAGGUCGUGACGGUCGAUUCAUACCAGGGAGAAGAGAAUGACAUUGUCAUUCUCUCCUUGGUGAGAAGCUCAAACGCAAAGAGAAUCGGGUUUUUGUCAGUGCAGAACAGAGUCUGCGUAGCCCUCUCCAGAGCAAGGAAUGGGUUUUAUAUCUUCGGAAAUGCAAAGCUCCUUUACUCUGCCGAUGAGCUCUGGCGGAAAGUGAUCACCAUCAUGGCCAACGAGCUCCCUUACCGAAGCAUUGGAUUCCAACUACCUUUGAUGUGCCAGAAGCACGGCAACACUACCCUCAUUCAAGAGCCUGCGGACUGGGUAAAAACGAAUGGUGGGUGCCGACAACCCUGCGAGGAGCCACUGAGUUGUGGACAUAAGUGUGUCCUUCAAUGCCACAGAAAAUCACGACUGUUUCUGCAAGUGCGAGUCGAGUCCAACUAUUUUAUCAGAAGGGGAACCGGCAAAUGUGGCAGAGUCUUCGAUCGACUAUCGACCGAAGGAUUUGAUGGAGGAGGAACUAAAGCAACAGGCAAUCAGAGGCUACCAAGAAUUUGCGCAAUGGGGAGCUAA